CGUUGUUGACAGCAUAGCAACAUCUUGGUGGAAUCUUCUAGAAAAACAACAACAGUUUUUGUUUAGGGUUGGUUUAGUCUUUUUUCUUUUUUUUUUAAUAUAUAUAAUGACGUGAUACUUGUUUACUUUAGUUUUAAUGACAUUCCGUGUCAGCUGGCUGUAAAAGAUCAAUAGUUGUAAAAGUAGAGAAGAUAGACUUUACUUUAUUGAUUCCCUCAGGAAGAUGUCUUCUUACUUUGACGAGCACGACUGUGAGCCCACCAACCCUGAGGAACAAUACCGCCAGAACGCCCUGCUGGAGCUCGCCAGGUCACUCAUGCAGGGCUUGGACUUGAUGGACUCAGGACAUUUUGACUCUUCAGACUGGGAUCAACGUCUUCCUCCCCCGGCUGCUAAAGUCUCCGUGCAGACUCUCAGUGUGGUGCUCGUUUCUGCACAGCAAGCAGACAAAGGCUUAAAGUGUCCCGUGUGUCUGCUGGAGUUUGAAGAGCAGGAGGCCGUACGACAAAUGCCGUGUAAGCAUCUUUUCCACGCCGGGUGUAUCCUGCCAUGGUUGGGAAAGACCAACUCCUGUCCGCUGUGUCGCCUUGAACUACCCACGGACAAUCAAGAGUACGAAGAGUUCAAGAAAGACAAGGAGAGAAGAAAGCAGAGGGAGCACAGACUGGAGGACCUCCAUGGAGCCAUGUACACAUGACCAAUGUGUACAUGUACAUCAUGUUUUAUAUUUAGUGACAUCCUUGACCACCUCUCAUGUGCAGUAAUCCCUCACAUUAGAAUAAGAGAAGACAUAUAUGAUUUCAUAAAUGAUUCUAUAUCACUGCUUUUUAUGUCGACUUCCACCCACCAUGAUUUGACAACAAUGUACAGAAGAAAUAGUAGUCGUAUUUUCACUUAAAUGUUCACUUUUCUGCUGGAAGUGACACACUGACGUGGCAAAAACAUUUUUUUUUACCAUUUUGAUAAAACAAGCAUUUCCUGCAAAUACAUGCGGACGCACAAAAAACAUUAUUUUGAGGACACAAUAGUACGGAGCCCCUAAAGGGACA